CUACGCCGGAAGUUACUUUUUUUUAUUUAUUUGUCUCGUAACUUUUGACGAACCGAGUUUCGCGUUUAUGAAGUAAGGUUUUAACGCUAACGUGACUCGUUCUUUUUAAGCGGUAGUAAACUGCUUGUCUGUAGUUUCUCAUUCUGACAUUUAACCGGCGUCAGCGCAAGCUAAGAAAAGGACAUUUAUGGCAAGUAGAAUGUUUAAAGGAAUUAUGCUUUAGUUACGGUAACACCUUUUGCCCAACAAUACAACAUACAUGUAGCUCAUGUAGCAAGCUGGGCUCAUCUGCAUGAGACAGUGGAGCGACGGCGAUGUCAGAGGUCAGGGUUGACCUGUCUGAACCGCACGCUGGGACACGCGAAGACCAGAGUAGAUCAUCUGAAAAUGCCAUACCCCAGAGCAGCGCUAGUAACGAGGCUUCCAGAACCGACCCACAAGGUCCGGUGCCUGCUGGAGAUGUCAGCCCCUCAACGACUGCCACAAGUGGUUUGUUGUCACUACCGUGGGAGAUGGUAACACACAUAGCCUCACACCUUCCUGCUGAGUGUGUCAUCACAGUACUGCCAAAGGUCUGUCAUGCAUUAGGUAAUGUGGGUAAAGACAGUACAGCCUGGCAGCUGCGGGCUCGCAGACUGAUAGGAUCCAGAGCUAGCUUCCCAGUGGGGCCCCGGGAGGACUUUGACUGGCCUACUGCCUGCCUGGAAAUGGAGCAGCUCAUAACCUGCUGGAGGAACCAAGCACAUCUCAUAGCCAGUAAGGUGAAGCAGGAUGAGGAGGAAAGGGAGCAGCUCAGGGUGCAGCAAAGGGCAGGACAGGAUGGGGAACGAGGUGUUGAAGAACAGGUGAAUGAGGUGAACGGUGUAGGCGUGGCAGCACCAGAGGUUGCAUAUGGUGUUGAUGAAGGGAUGGAGGUGGCGAUGGAAGGUGCUGAUGGUGAAAUACAGCCCAUUGUAAAUGGGAACCAAUUAGUAAGACUAAGAGAGGAGAUGGAGGAGAGAUUGGAGGAUGAUGCAGCAGCAUUGCUGGAAGAAGAUAGGAUGGUAUUUAAUGCCAAUGAAGGGCAAAUAGGUGCUCCUAAUCACGAAGAGGUUGUGGCAGAUCCCAGGAGGCUGGGUAACGUAAACCAGAUAGAUGUGACUCAACAUCCAAGAAGUCCCAGCCCGCCCCCGUCACUGGAAUGCAUCACUCUACCAUCAGGCCACAUUGCCCAAGUCAACUCAGUGCUUCUUGUGGGAGGUGAGGGGGCAGUUUGUGCCACAGGUUCCAGAGACUGGAAUGUGAAACUGUGGGAUCUACAGACAGGCUCUGGUGGAACGCUGCUGCACACGCUAGGAGGGCAGGGUGACUUCAGCACUCAUCGAGGCUGGGUCUGGUGCCUGGCUUCUCAGGGUCCUCUGUUGGCUUCAGGGGGCUUUGACAGCACAGUGAGGCUCUGGGACUUGCAGGCCAGUGGUGCUAAAAGAGGCCUCAUCAGAACUGGCGCUGCUGUCCUGUGCUUAUCCUGUCAGACAGAUGUGUUGUUGGCUGGCAUAUUCGAUAAGAGGGUCAACAUAUAUGACAUCAGAGCUGCCGAGCCCCUGGUGAAAAGCGUCCGUCUCCAUGGCAACGCAGUAAUGUGCCUAGCUGCAGAUGACAAGUACAUCAUCUCUGGGAGUAAAGACUGCACUUUAGCAGUCUAUGACCGGAGGGCAGGGAAAGGCUUGAAGAACAUUCGGCUAAACUCCUACCUGUUGUCCAUGAGCUACAAUGGCAGUGAGGUCUGGGCAGGGGACAACAGAGGCAUGCUCCACUCCUUCUCCAUGCAGGCGGGUGCCUUAAAACCUCUGUCCCAGUUUGAUGUGGGGCACACCGCUCUGGUCACCGGCAUCCACAGGUCCCCCGGAAGCCUUUACACAUGUUCAUCUGAUCGCACUGUCAAGGUACAUAUCCCAUCCGCACCACCAAGGACUUUAUGCACACUGCAGCACCAUGCUGGAAUCAAUGGGCUGAGUGUGGAUGCUGGAGUCCUUGCUGUAGCCUCAGGUGAUGUGUGUGUGGAAAUCUGGAGGCCCAGAAAAUAAAAGUGCAGCACUUGAUACCUGUGAAAGACUUGAAGCCUGUUAACGCAACCUGGCUCUUCCAGCGUUUGGGAAUUUGGGACACACUGAUCCAGCAACAUCAAGUUUAUAGCAUUUAUAAAGGGAAAAGAGACGUUUUUUUGUGUAGGAGUCCAGCUAAGUCAAUGAUGAUAAAAAUGUAAGACUGGACACUGACUUCAUGUGGUACAUAGGAGCAAGUAAAUAGUCUUAUGUUGCUGCACUGCCAGUCACGUUUAAGAAAUGUAGAAGUUUUUAGAUUGUAACAUUAACUCAUCCAUAUUGUUCACAUUUUAGCCAAAGUUGCAGUCUUUUUAUUUCUUGUUUUAUCCUGUUGAGAGAUUUACUACAAAUAAAAACACAGGAGAUCGUAGAGGACACAAAUUUAUUGUUAAUAUUUAUCCAAUGUAUUUUGUGCCAAUACCCAAAGAUUUCACAGCACAUUUGUCUCUUUGUAUGUUUAACAUCGAGUCAAAAGAGGACUGUUUACAGACCACCGUAACUAAAAGAAGACAAACUACUACAGUACUGCUGUGCUACUGACAUGCUUACAGGUUGAGUGAAGCCAUUCCAUCACAUGAACUGAUGUAUAAAAUGCAUUAGCUGUGUCAUUUACUAUGUCUAAGCCCUCUGUGACACACAUCGUAUUUAUGCUAUUUAUUCAAACACAGUAGUUCUAGUGUGUGUUUGUCUUUGUGUAAGUUUAAACAUUGAACACUUAUUUUGUUGGUUAAAUUUUACUGACUUGUUAAAACACUGGUGAAAGUACUUCCAUUAAGUUGGCAUUAAAUAACCUGAAGGUCUA